UUCUGAACUUCUUACCUGGACUUACUACCGGUUAUUCAAAACGGAAUUUUAUUUCUCUGUCAGUGUUCAUACCACAACCACCUGGACGACCGACUUCGAAGAAUUAUAAAUUCCGUUGAUUCUUAAAGCAGACCAUCGUCAUGGAGAACAGACAGUGGGUGUCUACAGCCCUGGUCAUCGCGCUGAUGGUCUCUGUCGUAGCUGGACAAGGAAUCCUGUACCCCAUCGAAUCUGAAUCUCGAGCUGUACAUUACCUGGACGGCAUCUGGAACUUCCGUCUUGCCAACGAGUCUGACUCAGAUGUUGGACACAGGGAAGGCUGGUACAGGCAGGAACUUAGGAAGACAGGACAAACGAUCCAGAUGCCUGUUCCAGCCAGCUAUAAUGACAUCACAGAAGACAAAGCCGUGAGGGACCAUGUUGGGGUCGUGUGGUACGACAGGACCUUCUACGUUCCGCGGACAUGGAGCUCACCGAACAUGAAAAUCUGGCUACGUUUUGGUGGUGUUCACUAUGCUGCUGACGUUUUUGUGAAUGGUGAACUGGUGGUGAGACACACUGGAGGACACAUCCCUUUCCAGAGUGAAGUCACUUCUAUUCUUCAGUAUGGACGAAAGAACCUCAUCUCUGUGGCCGUUAACAACAUUCUCACACACAUCACUGUACCCCAAGGAAGUCUUGAGAAGCUUCAGACUGACAGUGGUCCGAAGAUCGUCCAGUAUUACAAAUUUGAUUUCUUCAAUUACGCCGGUAUCCACAGGUCUGUAGUGCUGUACACAACCCCAAGUGUCUACAUUGAUGAUAUCUCAGUAAAUACAGACAUAAAUGAAGAUACAGGAGUUAUUAAGUACAACGUGAGCGCUGGUGGAGAACCUACAAACCAUUCCACUGUUUCUGUGAGUCUCCUUGACCGGGAUGAAAACUAUGUCAUCCGUGAUGUUAUGGGGAAUGAAGGAAACCUACGGGUUCCCCAGGCUAAACUAUGGUGGCCAUACUUAAUGGAUCCUGACCCCGCAUACCUAUACACAUUGGAGGUGCGACUGUCAACCAAAGAUGAGGUGCUUGAAGAUGUAUACCGACUACCGGUGGGAAUAAGGAAACUUGGUUGGGGCAAUAGCAGUGUCACUAUCAAUGGUAAACCGAUCUACAUCAGAGGAUUUGGUCGGCAUGAGGAUUCUGAGAUAAGGGGGAAGGGCCACGAUUUCCCGCUGAUCACACGUGACUACAACCUGAUAAAGUGGCUUGGAGCCAAUGCUUAUCGAACUUCACACUAUCCUUAUUCAGAAGAGAUCAUGGACUUUGCAGACAGAGAGGGUAUUAUGAUCAUAGAUGAGUGCCCUGGUGUAGACAUAGGUAGCUAUGGCUUCAGUGCAGAGCUUCUAGAGGCCCACAAAACAGCAUUAACAAGACUGCAUCAGAGAGACAAGAACCGUCCCAGUGUCGUCAUGUGGUCUGUUGCUAACGAGGCCCUCACAUCAUUGCAGGGGGCUUCUGAUUAUUUCCACGCAAUUGCCGACCACAUGAAAGUUUUGGAAUCUUCUCGUCCCAUCACUAUGGCUAUUAAUGCACUAUACGAUAUGGACCUAGUGGGUCAGUUCAUGGACGUGAUUAGUUUCAACCGAUACAACGCUUGGUAUUCAAACAGCGGAAGAACAGAUACAAUAACAAAUAAUGUUAAAGAGGAGGCUAAGAAUUGGCAUAAGAAAUAUAAUAAGCCAGUGUUAAUGACGGAAUAUGGCGGAGAUACAAUAGCAGGUCUACAUUUGUCACCUGAAUAUAUAUGGUCAGAAGAAUACCAAGCGAAAUUACUGUCCAAACAUUUUGAGGCAUUUGAUGAACUCCGCAGUGAACGUUUCUUUAUUGGAGAAAUGAUAUGGAACUUUGCUGACUUCAAUACAGCACAAACUUAUGUUCGAGCAGGUGGCAACAAGAAGGGCAUAUUCACAAGGAACAGACAGCCAAAAGCAUCAGCACUUUUAGUAAGGAAGCGCUACUGGGCAAUAGCUGAAGAACUUGACAACGUAACACCCCCAAAUGAUUUGUCUGAGUACGUUUACAAGAAUCAUUUGAAACACCUGAAGACUGUAACUGAAGAAAUCAGUGAUGUUGCACUUAUCUCUGUGUAACUUUCAACCAAGAAUCUGAAUCCCGACUGAACAAAAAUCAUAUGGAUAUUUUGUACCUUGCCAGCAAUGCGCCUAAUGAAUGAGAGUUCAAGAUAUCCUCAAAUGGUUAUUUACAGUUAUGUAUACUUUUUGCCAUGCAUAUAAUAUUAAGGCUACAUAAAUACAUGUUUUACUAUAUAACAUAAACCCCAGCUGUUAAGAGGCUUAAUUUUUAAUGUAACAAAGGAUCUCGACCACUAUAGACCAAAAAAUUGAUACACCUUUUUGUAGUUUCGUAGGAAUUGACCAUCCACUCAGAGCCAGUAAACACCUAUGAAACGUCGGAAAAUUUUUACGAGACUGCACGGCGCAACAUCCUAAAUGGCAACCAUUUUCAUACUCUUUGCCAUAGAACCUAAAUCUGACUAUGUACCAAAACCUCCCAGUGACAGCCCUCUCAUGUUUGAUACUUAUAGUUUCUCUUCAUAAAUAUAGUUGAAUAAGCUGAA